CGUUUCGCUUGGCUAAGUGCGCGCCUCGCCCACUGAAACCAGUUGGUAGAAGCAAAUUUUGUUCAGAGCAAAAUACGGCCGACGUUGAUUAUUUUGAAUGAACAUACCAGUUCUUAGAUUAAUAAACGUGGACGCCAGCCGUGGCCCUGCCUGCCGCCGGGUCGCUGACGGCACGGCAGCACCUGCCUGCACCUGUGGCAGAUAAUAUCGGGACCAAUUUUAAGCUCAGUUUUAGUUCCGACUUUCGAAUCGGAUAUUCUGUUGCGCUAAAAACUUAAAUGUACAGAGUGUAAGAAUCUGCCAACAGCUAAAAGAGAUGGCAAAGAGUACAAAGAUAAAAUUGAAGAAACCCUAACUAGCCCCGCCGACUACCGCUACAGUAAAGGAAAAACGGAGCUAUAUAUUAUCGUAUAGUGAUGAUAAUCUAGUGUUGACUAAACAAGUGAAAAAUAAAAGAUUUUAUGUUUACACCAGUAAAAAAAUUAAGAAAAAAUAUGCGUGCAACGACAACGAAACGUAAUCCCACUCCCUUCUAAACAAAUCAAUACGCAGUGAUUCGCGAGGAGACAAACAUCCUUACUAUAUUGACUUUGUUUUAAGUAAGAUAAAUACAUAUAAACGCUCAAAUUGGCAUCGAAAUCGUCAGUGAAAUAAACAACACAAAAAUCAGCAAUCAUGAUGCUAACAACUGAACACAUCAUGCAUGGGCACCAUCCCCACUCUUCGGUCGGUCAGAGUGCGUUGUUCGGAUGCUCCACUGCGGGUCAUAGUGGUAUCAAUCAGUUGGGCGGCGUCUAUGUAAAUGGGCGUCCUCUGCCCGAUUCUACCCGUCAAAAGAUAGUCGAGCUGGCUCACUCGGGCGCUCGUCCUUGUGAUAUUUCGAGAAUACUUCAAGUUUCAAAUGGCUGCGUAAGCAAAAUUUUGGGCAGAUACUAUGAAACAGGAUCAAUCAAACCUCGAGCAAUAGGUGGUUCCAAACCACGAGUAGCUACAACGCCUGUCGUACAAAAAAUUGCCGACUAUAAGCGGGAAUGUCCCAGCAUAUUUGCUUGGGAAAUUCGAGAUCGACUUCUUUCAGAGCAAGUUUGCAAUAGUGAUAACAUUCCAAGUGUUUCAUCCAUUAAUCGAGUCUUGCGCAAUUUGGCAUCGCAAAAGGAGCAGCAGGCGCAACAGCAAAACGAAUCAGUCUAUGAAAAGCUCCGUAUGUUUAAUGGACAAACCAGUGGCUGGGCAUGGUAUCCAAGCAACACCACAACAGCACACUUGGCCCUACCGCCAACAUCUACGGCCUUGCCUACGCCAACGAAUUUAUCUGGACAAAUUAGUCGAGAUGAGGUUCAAAAGCGAGAUAUAUACCCGGGCGAUGUCUCUCACCCCUCUCACGAGAGCACGUCAGAUGGCAAUUCCGAUCAUAAUUCAUCUGGGGAUGAGGACUCUCAAAUGCGACUUCGGCUGAAAAGAAAACUUCAACGCAAUCGAACCUCUUUUACCAAUGAACAAAUCGACAGUCUGGAGAAAGAAUUUGAGCGAACACAUUAUCCGGACGUUUUUGCGAGAGAGCGGCUUGCUGAAAAAAUUGGUUUGCCAGAGGUAUGGUUCUCUAACCGGAGAGCCAAGUGGCGCCGAGAGGAAAAGAUGCGCACUCAAAGACGAUCAGCUGAUCAUGUAGGUGGCAGUACUGGUAGAGCCAGCACAAAUAAUCAGUCAGGUACAGCUGCAUCUUCCUCCGUCACACCGUCGAGCAACUCAACGCCAGGUAUUGGCAGCUCAUCGGGCAACGGCAUCGGUUCUGAGGGAGCAUCGACAGCCAUAAUCAGCAACAACAACCUACCCGAUACAUCCAAUGCCCCAACUGUUCUUGGAGGAGAUGCAAAUGCCACGCAUACAAGUUCGGAAAGCCCACCACUUCAAGCCGUAGCACCACGGAUACCCCUGAACACCGGUUUCAAUGCAAUGUAUUCAUCUAUCCCGCAGCCCAUAGCUACGAUGGCAGAAAAUUACAACUCAAUGACCUCAUCGUUAGGCUCGAUGACGCCCACAUGCCUGCAACAAAGAGACAGCUAUCCCUAUAUUUUUCACGAUCCGCUAUCUCUUGGAUCUCCGUACGCUCCGCCUCACCAUCGAAAUGCGCCGUGCAAUCCAGCUGCUGCUCACCAACAACCCCCUCAACACGGGGUUUAUGGUAACAGCCCUUCAAUGACGUCUAACACAGGUGUUAUCUCUGCCGGUGUUUCUGUUCCAGUGCAGAUUUCAACGCAGAAUGUAUCAGAUCUAGCGGGUAGUAAUUACUGGCCGCGACUUCAGUGAUCGUCAAUUUUGAAUUUGCCUUCUGAGCUCUUUUCCAAGGCUGCAGCCGCAGUGGCAGCUGUCGCUGCGGCACAUGCAGUUGAGGAGCAUAAUAUGCCUCAGCAAGCUCAAGUCGAAGCAGCAAAGACCAGCAAUAGUGAAAGCCCACCAAAUAUGAUUCCACAAAUGACACUACAUAUGUGCAUCAAGAAACUUGAAGAUGUGCAUGGAUAAAAAGAAGGGUAUGGGUAUAAUGAAAAUGGGUGUAUGCAUUUCACUAAGUGAAGUUAUAUCAAAGCAAGCUCUUACGCCGCCAACAUCGCCCUAAGCAUUAGUCUCUGCUACAUCACCGAUUUUUGAUCCGGAAGGUCCUGAACCGAACGACCAUCCAGACUGUCGAUGGCAAAUAAUAUGACAAAUGCGCAAGUCGACACAUUCCCAUUCACUAUAUCUUCCCUAAUUUAGGCGAUGAACACAUUGAAUAGAUCAGAUCAGUGCCCAGUACAUACAUCUAUUAUUUUUGGAACACACAAUUUACAUACAUAAAUACACACUAACCAACUAAGCAGAGAUGCCCAUAAAGUUAUUUAUGAAAAUUCAUCAAAUGUUGCAUAUGCCAUAUAUUUAAGAAGAAAAUAUUUUCAGAGAUUUUCAUUAAAAAAAAUGUAAUGCCCAAAACCUAUCAGAAAAAGUUUUCUUGGUUCCUUAAAAUUUGAUUUUGUCGUGUGGUGUAAUCUUAGAAAAAUUUUAGAGCCAAGCAGGCAGGAACCAAUUGGUUGUGGAGCAACCAAUUGUGUUUUUUCGAUUUAAUCGUUUACAAUAUAUUUACAACCAUAAAUUCUGCGAAAAUCAAUUUUUUCCCAAGCUACACCAUUGGCCAUGACGCCUCAAAAUCGAUCUCUGCAUACAUUCAUGUAUAUAUCCAUAUGCAUGCUUAACGUAUUUAUUAUUUACUCAGAUUGCGAUGCUAUCCAACAGUAUAAAUUGCAUCUUGUGCAUACAUAUGAAUGCAUAAUCGAAAUUAAUUACAACGAACUUAAUUUCCAAUAAAAAA